AUGGUUCGUUCUGAGAGGAUGUGUCUAUAUCAUCACGAAUCAACUGACAGCAGUACCACUGUGGAGGAUGAGGAUGUGAAAGCGUCUAAGCUGCCAGACCUGUUUGGCGUUGUACGCAGGGCGUCAGGGCCCAUGUCUGACAGGGAGGGAGGCACCAGCACACCCCCUCCAGCCGCCCCCUCCACCGCCUCCCCACCCAUGGCACACACCCCCAUGCAGCUAUCCCGUCUCUCAGACCUAGUGAGCAAUGUUCGCCGGUCGUCCGUCCCAUCCCCAGCCCCCACUCCACCUGCGCCCGCCGAGGCGGAGGUGGUACCAGCUCCCAGGCCCACCCCCCACCCAUCACACCCCACCUCCCCUCCUCCCCCCAUGUCCCUCUCCAGCCUCUCCCUCACCUCUCAGACACGUAAACAAGACAUCAUUAAGAUCACUGAACAGCUGAUCCAGGCUGUCAACAAUGGAGACUUUGAGGCAUACGCUAAGAUCUGUGAUCCUGGUCUGACCUCCUUUGAGCCCGAGGCCCUGGGAAACCUGGUGGAGGGAAUGGACUUCCACAGAUUCUAUUUUGAGAACCUCCUGUCUAAGAACAGUAAACCUAUCCACACCACCAUCCUCAACCCCCACGUCCACCUGAUUGGAGAGGACGCCGCCUGCAUCGCGUACAUCCGCCUCACCCAAUUUGUCGACGGCCUGGGCCAUCCACGCUCCAGCCAAUCAGAGGAGACUAGGGUGUGGCACCGCCGGGACUCCAAGUGGCAGAACGUCCACUUCCACUGCUCGGGCGCCCCCGCUGCGCCACUCCAGUGA